AUGUCUGGAAGGCUGCGGUCCAAGGCCAUUUUUGCUGGUUCUUUCCAGAACCAAAGAGAGCACACAGCUCUUCUUAAAAUUGAAGGUGUUUAUGCCCUAGAUGAAACUGAAUUUUAUUUGGGCAAGAGAUGUGCUUAUGUAUACAAAGCAAAGAAUAACACAGGGACUCCUGGCAGCAAACCAAAUAAAACCAGAGUAAUCUGGGGAAAGAUAACUCGACCCCAUGGAAACAGUGGCAUGGUUCGUGCCAAAUUCCGAAGCAAGCUUCCUGCUAAGGCCAUUGGACAAAGAAUCCAUGUGAUGCUGUACCCUCAAGGAUUUAAAGUGAUGAAAAAGCCGGUUCAGCUUAGUGAGGUCCACCAGACGCUCCUCCGCUCCUCGUGGGCCUUCAACAGCGGGUGGUACUGUGGCACAUGUGACACCACAGGCGAGGACUCCGAAGCCAUUGGCUUGCAGGUGGACACGGAGACCACUUGUGCCGAGCAGGCCCACACUUCACGCUGUGCCCCACGUCCAUCUGUGUGCACGGGGCUCUGA